AUGGCAGCUGCUACAAACCGUGAUGACAUUUCGUCUUCGGUUUCGCGUAUUUUGAAUGAAAAACGCCACCCCGAACACUUGGAGAUUCUUAAAACUUUUACAACCGCGUUACGGGACCAGAAUUACAGGGAUGUUGUGGACGUAGAAGCAUUUUCUACUCUUCUGAAGAUCUUCUCUGGAUUAAGCAGUGACCUCCAAACUUGCACCGAUCAGGACGUAAAAUCCGUCGCUUUGCAACUGCAAUUCGCUGCUGAGUGCUUCCGGGCUCUGAGAAACUCCUGUGUGCAAAGUUCUCGCAACCAGAGCCUUCUCCGGGAGCUUGGUUUUAUUGAUGUUUCCGUUCAGCUCUUGAGAUUCCUUCACGCAAAUCCAAAAAGUUGGGAAGGCGUUUUUGAGCCGCUGCGUUGUGGGAUCCAGUUUCUUGGGAAUUUAUCCGUAGGGAACCAAAUAUGUAAAGAUGAAAUUUGGCGGCUAAGCUUUCCAGGGCUUCUCUUGCAACUUCUCAACGUUGACGACGAGAAGACUGUUAGCUACGCUUCCAUGGUGCUCCACACCUGCCUGGAUGACUCAAAGGUGGAAGAAAUGUCCGAGGUGCAGAACAUCCAACUAGCACGAAAGGUGGUGGAACUUUGCCGGACUCAACCCGAGCUGGAUUGGACGGUCCUUAUUGUGACUCAACAUUUUUUGAAGUCUUUAUCGUUGGUUGAAAACAUCUUCUCUGCAAUGUCUCCCUCUGAAAGACUUACCCUGUUAGAGUUGAUUUCUGCCCAGCUAUGUGGCGACGAAUCACUCGAUUGCGGCAUCCCUCCUGGCGUGGCUGGCUUGCUCGCUUCCUCCUUUCAGAAAGGAUGCGGAGCUGUCCUGAGCCUUGCUUCCAGCUCUGCCUCUAACGAUGAGCUCCUGCAGGAGGCACUGACAGUGAUCAGUUUACUCGAUUUACUGUGUGAAAUGACAUCACGCCAAGGACAGUUCAUGUUCCUGCAGGACCAUCCGGACCUUUUGACGACCACUGUAGAGCUCCUGAAGCAGGUUCACAUCAUCGGGAAGAGCAGUAAGAACAUCUUCAGCCCCGCUCAAAAUUUUGACGACGAGGAUAAGCAGUCGUCCAGCGGGUCUCCUGUUAUCAGCUUCAAAGCUCAUCUCAUCAGGCUCGUCGCAAAUUUGUGCUACAGCCACACAAAUAACCAGAACAAGGUGAGAGAACUGGAAGGCAUCCCCCUCAUUUUGGACAACUGCAGAAUCGACAGCAACAACCCAUUCAUCAGCCAGUGGUCUAUUUUAGCCAUUCGGAAUCUCUUUGAAAACAACACGAAGAACCAGGAGGUGCUAGCCACGUUUGAGCGCCGCGGCGAAGCUGACUAUUCUGCUCUCAAGGACUUGGGCUUCACCGUGGAAGAACGGGACGGCACAUUGUUGCUUAGAACCACCGGGAAGGAUAUGUGA